CCCGCCCGGCCCGGCCCCGCCCCCCCCCGCCCCUCCCGCCGCAGCCGCCGCUGGGUCUGGGCCUGAGGAGGCGGUGGGCCGGGGCGGCCGCGCCGGGGCGGGGGCCGGGGCCAUGCUGGGCAAGGACUACAUGCUGGCCAUCGUCCUCGUCAACUGCGACGACAACCUCUGGAGCGACCAGAGCCUGGAGACAGACCCUGACCUCCCCCCAGGCUGGAGGAAAAUCCGAGACUCUCUGGGCACCUACUACUGGCAUGUGCCGACCGGCACAACGCAGUGGCAGCACCCUGCACACACCACCAACCUGGGAGGGCACCCGGAGGCCAAUGGAGAGGAGACAUUCCAGGGAAUGGACUGCCAGGCCCCCGCGGCGAAGCACUCGGCAGAGGACAGGCCCAUUCCCAGCCCCAUGGCUUCACUGUCCCGGAGGACCUCGCUGCCCUGGCAUGGAGAUGAUGUCCAGCACAGGGCAGAGCCCGCCUCCAAGUGCUUUGCUGUGCGCUCGCUGGGCUGGGUGGAGAUCCCCGAGGAGGACCUGGCACCUGGCAAGAGCAGCAUCGCCGUCAACAACUGCAUCCAGCAGCUCUCCAACAGCAAGGGCUCUGCGGAGAACCGGGGCGAGGGCCAGGACCUGGUGAUGAUCCUGAAGAAGGACACCAUGAGCCUGGUGGACCCCCUCAACCGCAGCCUCAUCCACCACCAGCCCAUCCUCAACAUCCGCGUCUGGGGCGUUGGCUGCAACAAUGGCAGGGACAGAGACUUUGCCUUCGUGGCCAGUGACAAGGACACCUGUGUCCUCAAGUGUCACGUCUUCCACUGCAACGUGCCCGCCAAAGGCAUCGCCAAGGCCCUGCACGAGAUGUGCUCCAAGAUCGUGGCUGAGCGAGCCAUAGCGAGCAGCGGGCCACCAUGCGCCACCACACUGGAGUCCGUCUCCACUGAAGACCUGCCGCUGCAAGUUGAUAUCCUGGAGGCGGUGAGGCAGUCGAUGCAGACCUACGAGGCGCUGUACAUCGGCAGCCUGCCGGUGCGCAGGGCCAUGGGGAUGGAUGUGCUGAACGAGGCCAUCGAGAAGCUGACGAGGGGCCCUGGGCGGGAGCGCUGGACGCCCUCCCUCAUCCGCGUGUCCGACACGGCCAUGAGGGUGCACCCCGUGCAGGUGGGGAGGGGGGCAGGGGACUCUGGCUGAAGCGGGCACCCUGCUGCCCAGGGGUGGGACAGGUGACCCCCAUGGGGGGCCCGGCCUCCUGGCAGAGGGGACCUGGCGGGGGUGGCAUGGCUGCCCGGGCUGUGGCCAGGUGUGGAUGGGCCCACGGAGUCCCUGCAGGAGGACGAGGAGGCGGCGCACAUCUGGGAGUGCCAGGUGCGGUACGUGACCUUCCUGGGGGUGGGCCGGGACGCCCACACCUUCGCGCUCAUCGUGGACACGGGGCGACGCUUCCAGUGUGCAGCUUUCUGGUGCGAGCCUGACGCCGGCACCAUCUCGGAGGCGGUGCAGGCAGCCUGCAUGGUGCAGUACCAGAAGUGUCUGGUGGCCGCUGCACCGGGGGCUAAGCAGAAGGGUGCGACAGGCCGGGACCGGCCAGGCCCGGCGGCCGCGGGGGACGCUGCCAGCGGGGCGACCAAGGCCAGCGGAGGCAGCGGAGGGACGGCGGGGGCCGGUGCCCGCAAGCGGGGCCUCUUCUCCUUCCUGGAGGCCUUCCGCCUCAGGCGAGCCCUCCUCCACACCCCAUAGCGGGCGGCGGCCGGGGGCCGGGGUAGGGGCCGGGGGUCGGGGCCGAAGACCCCGCCCCCGCCCCCCGCCCCCUACCCCGUCCCCCGGCGGGGCGGGGCUGCCCGUCGCCCCGCCCCUUCCCCUCCCGCCCCCGCCCACCGGACGGAAGGGGCGGGAACGGGCGUGACGUGGCGGGAUGGCGGAGCUCUACGUGAAGCCGGAAACAAGUAUGCGACGACAUCGCGCGGCGGCUGACGGUGCUGGGGGAUGCCUGGGCUCAGGGGAAGCUGUCGGCCCCGGUGAGGAAGAGGAUGAGCCUCCUGGUGCAAGAGCUGCAGCAGCGGCACUGGGAGGCAGCUG